UUUGCAUUGUCCAACAGUCUUGACUGUGUUACAUGGGGCCUUCUACCACAAGCUACUCAAGCAAUUCGGGACCAGUGUUCAGUGGUAAAAGGCCGCUUCAUUGGAGAUCCAUCACACGAGUAUGAACACAUAGAAAUUCAGAAGUUAGGAGAAGGGGAAGAUGCUACAGAGGAAGAAAAUACGAUAAUGAUCAAGGAAGAAGAUCGUCUUGCAGCAAUGAUCGCAAAGAUUGAUGAGGAGGUAGCCAUCGUUCCACGGGGAGCCUACGCAAGGAACCCUAAUAACCUUGUUUGUAAAAAUCGUAGCUUUGAAGGACUCUCUGUCACUGAGGCGGGGAAGCUUCACAACUACUUCCACUUCCGAGAGGCAGUGCGAUUGAAUGAGAAGACUCUGUUAGAGAAAGCUGACCUUGAUAAAUCAAUAGACUUUCUAGAUGCUAUCCAUGAAGACAUUCCAAGAGGCGGUUCCUGGUCCUUGGACUUUGCACGUGGGAGUGGACUGGUAAUCAUACGCAGUCUUCUUUGGCCUGGGUUGAGUUUCUAUCAUGUGCCAAGCUCAACAAAGUUUGGUUAUAUCUACAGUGGUACAGGAGAACAGAACAAGGAUCUUCCUUUCAUGCUUUGAGUCAGAUUCUUGUCUUGAGUUGACUCUUUAAAAAUAAGUAAGGAAGCCCCAAAACUGAGCAACUUUUCUGCAUGUUUAAAUUCAACCUUUUACCGCAGUAGAGCUCUUACUGAUACAUGUUAAGCAAUGUUAUUUCAUGUACAUGUAUUUGACAGAGUUUUUAUCUUUACAAAUGACUUGAUGUCAGGGGGAGGAUAGAAAUGACUUUAGAAAUUUGGAGUUGAAGAGCUAUGGAAAUCCAUGAAAAAUUAGUUCCCUGAGGCAGCCAAAAAUCAAAGCAUUUAUAUUUACCACAUGUAUACAAAUUUAUGCUGUGGUCAUUCAAUUCUAAACCUUUCAUUGUACUUUGAAAGGAAUAAAAGAUUUUACCGUUUAACACUUUAUUUGUGUGUAUUAAACUAGCAAUUUGUUUGUCCAAUUUCAAGUGUAAGAAAAAAUGAAUAGUUUAUAUUUUGGUUUAUGGGGGAAUUUCAGCCAAGGUGUUACAUAUAUGUCAUCUAGGAAAAAAUAGUUUAACUGGUUAUGUUAAGGCCUUCUGUGUCCGAUUUUUUACAAAAUCUUUAAUUGAAAAUAUGAGAUCUUGACAGUUUUGUCUGUAAUAUAUUACAGCCAUUUCAUCCUUCAUUUAUUAUGUAAAUAUGUAAAUAAACUUGAUGAGAGGUACGUUUUAUUA